AAAUCAAAAAACUUUUAGAAAAUUGUAUUUAGAAUUGCAUAGGUUUUUGCAUGCAGUUUAUGUACAUACAUAUUGCUUGGUUUUGGCUUCGUGCAAAAAUAAAAGACCUUGACUUCACGGAACAAUUGGGUUUAAUGGGGAUGGAUAUAUAUUUUUAUAUGCUUGCACAUUUGUACAUUUGUACAUAUGUCUGUCUAGCCGUUUAAACCACAUUUUACUUACUGCUAUAUGCCAUGCUUUCCUGUAUACAUGUACAUAAACAAGUACAAUUGAUCGAGCAGUCCAGUCCAUUAAAAACCCGUCUCACACAGUUUAUUAUGAUGACAGCAGGGCUUUAUAUCCCAUUUAAUCCACCACUUUUCACCUGUUAUACGGCUGGACUGGAAUUGUGUAAGAUAUGCAUUGCACGAGUUCGAGUUGAUUACAUAACAAGGAGAAAAUCUGUGAUUAUAAAAUUUGCUUCACUUUCUUUUCGCAAAAAUGCGAAUAUUACGAUUAAGACCAACAUUUAGAUUCGCAAAAUUGCGACAAUUUAGCACCACCGCAAAUACCGGGCUUGGUGACCAGAUUCUUACGGAAUUGGAAGAAAUCUGGAAGAAGGGCAAAGCUCCGGAGAAGUUUAACUUUUCGCGAGAUAUUUUCGACCGGCAUGCGCUUCAUCGACCUACUGCCACCGCUUUAUGGUUUGAUAACGGUGACCCCAGUCAAGACCGGAAAUGGAGUUUCUCCGAAGUUCAGAAGGAAUCGCUCCGUUCCGCGAUUUUUCUAAGGAACAUGCUCAAUUUGAGGGAAGGGUCUCCUCCGCCGUAUGUCCUCACCAUCUUGUCACGACUUCCAGAAUGGUGGUACCUCCACCUCUCAGCGAUCCGGGUGGGCACGAUAUUCUGUCCUGGAACGACGAUGUUGACCUCGGAAGAUAUCGAGUACCGCUUGGACGCCUCUCGAGCCGGAAUGAUUAUCACGGAUGAGGAAAAUAUGGACAAGGUUGACGAUGCGUAUCGUGGUUUGGUGGACUUUGGAUUGAAAAAGGUUGUGAUCCGAACUGGCGAUAAGAAACCUGUCCCCCUGAAAAACGACUGGAUAGAUUAUCACAGCCUCGCCGAGACCAUUUCUGCCAAUGAGAUCGACUCUUUUAGACAUUUGGACACCCCAAGUGAUCAAGUUGCUCAGGGUUAUUUCACCUCCGGGACGACGGGAAAACCGAAAAUGGUGGCACACACUCAUUCUUCCUACGGGAUAGGUCACUACACAACCGUCAAAAUGUUGGACCUCAAGGAGACCGAUUUACACUGGAAUAUUUCCGACCCUGGUUGGGCGAAAUCGUCAUAUUCCAACUUUUUUGCCCCUUGGACGGUAGGAUCUGCAGUUUAUAUUCAUCAGAUGGAACGUUUCGAAGCGCCCAAAGUUUUAAAAGCGCUGAGUGAAAAGCCCAUCACGACGUUCUGCGCGCCACCCACGCUGUACAAAAGCAUGGUCCAAGAAACGGACCCCAAUCUCUUCAAAUUUCCUAAACUCCGCUACUGUAUCGGAGCUGGGGAACCAGUUAGUCCGGAAGUGAUCAGAUCCUGGCAGAAAAAUACGGGCGUCGUACUCCACCAAGCUUACGGUCAAACCGAAAUGACCGCAGUAGAUUGCGAGAUAAGCUCGAAAGACGAUUCGAUCGGGAUUGCGAAUGGAUUUAUGAACAUUCGGAUUGUGGACGACGCCGGUAAAGAAUGCCCGAUCGGAACGGAGGGUCAGCUCGCCUUGAGAGUGAAACCUGUCCGACCUGUCGGCCUGUUUAAAGGUUAUCUGAAAAAGGGGGCAAAUGGGCCCGAGUUGGACACCGAGAAGAAUUCCAGCGUCUUCGUGGGAGACGUAUACCUCACCGGCGACAGAGCUUAUAAGGACGACAGUGGACACGUUUUCCUCGUCGGAAGGGCAGACGAUGUCAUCACGUCGGCCGGAUAUCGGAUUGGUCCCUCGGAAAUUGAGUCCGUCCUUCAAACGCAUCCCUCCGUGGUGGAAAGUGCCGUCGUGGCGUCACCCGACCCCCAGCGAGGUGAAGUGGUCAAAGCCUUCAUCAUUUUAACGCCACAGUAUAAAACCAUUGCCGAAAAGGAUGAAGCCAAACUGGUCACGGAAAUCCAAAACUUUGUCAAGAAACAUACCGCUCCGUACAAAUAUCCGAGAAAGGUCGAAUUCGUCGACACAUUACCGAAAACUGUGAGUGGGAAGAUUCUCCGGAGAGAAUUGAAACGAAUGGAGUAUGAAAAGGGCAAAAAAUAGGGGACAAAUUUCUUGAAAUUCUUGGUUUAUUAAAAUGUUCAUUAUUUUGUUUUUAAAUAUUAUUGCAUUCGGACAAAGUAUUUGUAUUACAUGUUUUAAAAGAUAAAUAAAAUUCAGUAUAUAAAGAGACAAA